GCGACCACGAUUCCCCUGGGCGGGGAGCCCGCGUGGCAUCGCCGCGCCGACUCCCAGAGCGCGCACGCGCGGGUUCUGCUACGCCUGGGCAAGGCGGCGGAGCUCCUGCGGGCGCACCACAGUGCGCAGCCCAGGAUGCGCGGGCUGCUGGCGGGGCUCGGACUGGCAGCAAGCAAGCGGACGCCGCUGUCCUCGCUGGGCCGCGGGCGCCAUGCUGGGGCUGACAAGGUGGGCACGCAGCGCGUCGCCGACGCGGCACGGGUGGCAGCCAAGGAUUGGCAGUCCCGCAAGCCAGCGCCUCCGGCGCGCGAGAUGGGGCAGCGGCGCUCGCAGCGUGGCGGCCAACAGCCUGCGGGGCCGGGUGGGCCCUCUUACGCGGAGAUGGCGAAGCGUUUCCUCCCUUCGCCAUCCGCGGGUGCGACGGCGCCAGCUGGCGACGCUCCCGUGCCGCCGCCUGUCGAUGCUGGUCCGCAGCAGGAGCUGACCCCUCUGCAGCAGGAGCUCCGGCACUGGCGCGAACGCGGGGCCACUGCUCACCGCUAUGGCGCGGAGCAGGACGUGGCGGAGUGCGACCGCCAAAUACAGGUCCUGGAGCAGGCGGCCCAGGCAGCCCGGCCGCGGGCUGUCCGAGUGCAGGCCGCCGCGGACUCGCAGCGGGCGGGUGCUGCGAAGCUCCAGGCUGCCACCGAGGACUUGGCCGAAGCGCGGCGGGCCGUCCAGCACUUCGAGUGCGAGGCGGCCCAGGCGCAGCAGGCCCUGCGGCAGGCCGAUGCAGCGCUGGCGGCUGCGCAGGCGGAGGCGGCCCCAGUGGCGGCGCCGCCUGCGGCAGCACCGCUCACCGAGGCGGGGGUCGCCGCAGCUUUCGACACGCUUGCGGCGGCGAUCGCAGUGCUGCAGCAACAGGUGGGGCAGCCGGCGGAGGCGGCGGAAGCGAGGCCACCGCGCUUGUCGAGCAGUUUCGCGCUCUCGUCGCCGCCGCGGUGCGUGGGGCCGCUGUGGAGGCCCCUGCUGGUGGUGCGACGGCGGCCGCGGGCUGUUCCGGCGCCUCCGCGCCUGCCGCUGCGCCUGGCGCAGGCGAUGCUGGCGAUGCUCGCGGAGCUCCUGGCGAUGCAAUCGCGCACGUUGCCGGGGGCCCUGCAGCGCCUGGCGUCGCGCCGCCAGCCAGGGCGGACGGGGGCGCCGCCGCUCCCGAGGCGUUGCCGCCAGUCGGCUUCGACGGGGGCGCGCACAGACAGGUCGCGGCGCGAGGUGGCCGCCGCUCACCUCGCGGCGGAGGCCAGGCGGCAA